UCUUCAUAUCCAUUAUCCACAUAUAUAUAUCUCCCUCUCUUAUACAUUCCACAUCUCAUCUCUCUCAAUAAUCCAUUUGCGGCAAUUUGACAUAGAAAUAAUGAAGGGUUUGUUUCUCGGUCUAUCGGUUUGCCUGUUGGUGGCGCUUCUACCAGCUGCAUUGGGUCAUGAUCAUCCUGAGCCUAAGAAAGGCAGAGUCGCUUACUAUCGCAUGUCCAACGGCUUAGGAACGCCAACCGGAGCUUGCGGCUAUGCCAAAACUGGUGUAACUUACAACUACGGCAACGUCGCAGCGGCAUCUAGCAAGCUGUGGAAGAAUGGAGCUGCCUGUGGCGCUUGUUAUCUAGUGAAGUGCGGGAUAAAAGGCAUCUGCAACAAUGAAGGAGUGAAAAUAGUGGUGACGGAUCGCGGAGACGGAGACAACACCGACUUCAUCCUCAGCUCCCACGCCUUCGAGACCAUGGCUCUACCGAACAAGGCUUCCCAGUUGCUACCCAAAGCCGUCGUCGACGUCAAAUACGAGCGAAUUCCGUGCAAGUAUCUGUUGAUUGUCUUUGAAGAAGCAACCAAAGAUGAAGUUUGGAAUGAGGCGAUGGAUGCAGAAAUUUCCAUGAUCGAGAAAAACAAGACAUGGGAGCUUGUUGAUCAACCGGAGGACAAGCCGGUUAUAGGUCUCAAAUGGAUCUAUAAGAUCAAAUUCAAUGAAGAUGGUACUAUCCAGAAGUACAAAGCUCGACUGGUGGCAAAGGGCUAUUCACAGCAGCCCGGUAUUGAUUUUCACGAGACAUAUGCACCAGUAGCAAGGAUGGAGACCAUCAGAACAGUUCUCGCUCUAGCUGCUCAACUGGAGUUACCAGUAUACCAGUUGGAUGUCAAAUCAGCAUUUCUGAAUGGAGAACUGGAAGAAGAAGUCUAUGUGGAACAACCACGAGGCUAUGAGAAGAAAGGAGAAGAAGACAAAGUCUAUCGUCUCCGAAAGGCUUUAUACGGGCUGAAGCAAGCACCGAGAGCUUGGAAUAGCAGAAUUGAUCGAUAUUUUCAGCAAAACGAAUUUCAAAGAAGUCCGAGUGAAGCAUCUCUCUACAUCAAAAAGGGAGAAGGAAAAGAUUUUCUAAUGGUUUGUUUGUAUGUUGAUGACUUGAUUUACACAGGAACAAGUCAGCGGAUGAUUGAAGAAUUCAAAAGUGCCAUGAUGAAAGAAUUCGAGAUGACGGACUUGGGACUCAUGAAGUAUUUCCUUGGGAUCCAAGUGAAGCAGUCACCUGGAGAAAUAUUUAUUUCACAGGAGAAGUACACCGAAGAUAUGCUGAAAAGAUUUCACAUGGCAACGUGCAAACCAAUCUCAACACCGAUGACGUUAAACGAGAAAUUACAACGCAAUGAUGGAGCUGAAAACGUCGAUGGAAAGCUGUACAGAAGUCUUGUCGGGUCACUCAUUUACCUGACACAUACCAGGCCGGAUAUAUGUCAUUCAGUAAGUCUUAUAUCAAGAUUUAUGAAUGAACCUAGCAAACUUCAUUUUGCAGCAGCCAAAAGAAUUUUGCGGUAUCUUCAAGGUACUAAAAAAUUGGGCCUGACGUACAAGAAAGAAGCAGAAAGCAAGCUGACUGGAUAUACCGAUAGUGACUGGGCAGGAUCACUGGAUGAUCGAAAAAGCACAUCGGGGUACAUAUUCUGUUUGGGUUCAAAACCCAUUUCCUGGAGUUCAAAGAAGCAGAAGACUGUGGCAUUAUCUUCAGCGGAAGCAGAAUAUAUCGCAGCUACUGAUGCAGCAUGCGAAGCGGUAUGGCUAAAAAGAUUAAUUUCUGAUUUGCAGCAAAAUGAAAAUGGUCCAACCAUUAUUCAUUGUGACAACAUGUCAGCCAUAGCCAUGACAAAGAAUCCAGUAUUUCACGCAAGAUCGAAGCAUAUCGAGUUGCGUCAUCAUUUCAUCCGAGACCUCGUCAAUGAAGGGCUAAUCGUGAUGGAAUUUAUCAACACCGAUGACCAGCCAGCAGAUAUCUUGACAAAGGCGGUCACCCGUGAGAAGUUCGAGAAAUUCAAGCAGUAUCCGGGCCACGAUGGUCUCACGGUGAAGGUAACGGAGCAGAGCAGGUUUGCGGAAUACUUGUCAAUUGUGUUACUGUACCAAGGUGGCCAAUACGACGUUUUAGGCAUCCAAAUCUACGACGGAAGUGUGAAGCAAUGGAAGGACAUGAGGAAUGCAUACGGCGCCGUUUACGAUCUGCCUAACCCACCAAAGGGAACGAUUUCGUUGAGGCUGAAACUCAAGAAUAUUGCCUCCGGAGGAGCAGUGAAACUCGUCAAGCUGGAUGACGUUAUUCCUCGUUUCUGGAAGGCUGGAGUUGCUUAUGACUCCAAGGUUAAGCUUGCUUAAGUUAAUAUAAUUUAACCUGGCACAAGUGGGUUCUCUCGUCGCACUGUUUUAAUUUAAUUGUGUUUCAAGCAAUAAAAAAGGUGAAUAAACUUUGAAGACAAGCAUUGUUACUAUAUAUAAAUUUGAAGCUGGGUUACUGUUGCCUAAGAACUCUCUCUGAUUGGCCCAUUAGUAAUAAACUAAUAAUGAUGAU